GUACGGAAGCAAAGGAGCCGACACCAUGGCGAAAGCCGGGAGAAAGAGCAGCAGCAGCUGGAAGAAAAGCCUGAAACGGAAAGCCGCUGCUGAAGAAAUUCAGGAGGCUGCAGGCGCUGGGGAUGGGGCGACGGAAAGCGGGGUCCAACCCCCGAAAGCGGCUGCUUUUCCGCCAGGCUUUAGCAUUUCGGAGAUUAAAAACAAACAGCGGCGACACUUAAUGUUCACGCGGUGGAAACAACAGCAGCGGAAGGAAAAGUUGGCAGCUAAGAAAAAACUUAAAAAAGAAAGAGAGGCUCUUGGCGAUAAGGCUCCACCAAAGCCUGUACCCAAGACCAUUGACAAUCAGCGAGUGUAUGAUGAAACCACGGUAGACCCUAAUGAUGAAGAGGUUGCUUAUGAUGAAUCUACAGAUGAAUUUGCUUCUUACUUCAACAAACAGACUUCUCCCAAGAUUCUCAUCACAACAUCAGAUAGACCUCAUGGGAGAACAGUACGACUCUGUGAACAGCUCUCCACGGUUAUACCAAAUUCACAUGUUUAUUACAGAAGAGGACUGGCUCUGAAAAAAAUUAUUCCUCAGUGCAUCGCAAGAGAGUUCACAGACCUGAUUGUUAUUAAUGAAGAUCGUAAAACCCCAAAUGGACUUAUUUUGAGUCACUUGCCAAAUGGCCCAACUGCUCAUUUCAAAAUGAGCAGUGUUCGUCUUCGUAAAGAAAUUAAGAGAAGAGGCAAGGACCCCACAGAACACAUACCUGAAAUAAUUCUGAAUAAUUUUACAACACGGCUGGGUCAUUCGAUUGGACGUAUGUUUGCGUCUCUCUUCCCUCAUAAUCCUCAAUUUAUUGGAAGGCAGGUUGCCACAUUCCACAAUCAACGGGAUUAUAUAUUCUUCAGAUUUCACAGAUACAUAUUCAGGAGUGAAAAGAAAGUGGGAAUUCAGGAACUUGGACCACGUUUUACCAUAAAAUUAAGGUCUCUUCAGAAAGGAACCUUUGAUUCUAAAUAUGGAGAGUAUGAAUGGGUCCAUAAGCCCCGGGAAAUGGAUACAAGUAGAAGAAAAUUCCAUUUAUAAAGUACUGAGAGAAUAAUAUUGGAUUUUGCUGAACAGGCCUAUCUUGAACUUGGGUAAUUUAUUUUUGACAGAAUACUCUCUUCAAAAUGGCAUUUGUUGAUUUCAUAAGCCUCUCACGUUUGGACAAAUUACCAAAUGCCAUGAAUUGCCACUGUGUGUUUAUGUAGAAAAUACAAAUAAAAGUUAUUUUGAUGGCUUAGGUUUUCUUAAAUUUAGUUAUCUUGUUUUUGUGUAACUGAAUAAUUAAGUUGGAAUCAAGAUUCAGAUUAACUUUCCUAUUUGCAUAGAACACGAGAGGAAUAAAAUGGUUGGUAAAUACUGGCUAACCCUUGAUUUUUACACCAGAUUAAUCUUGGAUUCACAGGGUCUGGCACAGUUUUAGUAACUUAAAUGGAGGCCAGGUUUCUGGAUGUUUUAACAUUCUCUUAAGCCUUCAGAAGGGUAAAAAAUUUAAAGCAAAAUGAUCUACCGGGGUUUAAAGCAAAGUUGCAAAUCACUGAAGCUAAUCUUUGCUUCCUGAUUUUGAGGUGUUUGGUUUUUUGUGGCCAGAUUGGGGGGAGCUCUUUUUUACCUCAUUACAUGGUGCUGUAGUACUCCAUUCAGGCACUGAAACAAAGUUAACCCUAUAAGUAACACAUGCAUGGAAACCUGUAGAACUUAACAGCCUCCUCCUGACCUUACAAGAAUAAAGGUUUGCGGUUUACCUUUAAUUCCCUAGCAGUCUUGCCAGAUGUGUGGCAUAAAGUCAUGUAAGAAGAGUAGGUGGAACAAACUGUACAUAACGCCUUCAAGUGUUCAGAACAGAUUAAUAUACCAUGUAUUUAAUACCAAUAAUAAUGCAAAAUAAAACUUUCAUACUAA